AUGUGCUACGGCUGCUCCUUGCUUAUGAUGAUGAUGUCCAUUACAUGGCAGGUGGAAGAGCACGAAGCUCAGAUACAGGAGCUACAGGACACGAUCACAGAGCUCCACCAGGAGAUGUCCCUGAAGGACCAGGACAAACUCAGGCAGUUUCAGCAGCUUGUCCAGCUCGAAACAAGGGUCAAGGAGCUCACACAGGAGUUACAGAGCUCGGCACAGACCGUCGCUCAGCUCAGACACGAGGCCAGAGAGAGCAGAACGAGCAACAGCGUGUUACACAGAGAUGUGUCCAGCGACCAAACAGCAGCAAGAGGACUAGAACUCUUGAAGAGUGAGUUGACGCAUCGUGACGCGAGCAUCCAGAAGCUCCAGAGAGAUCUGCUUUUGUCUCAUCAGGCCCGCGAUUCCCAGAGUGCUCAGCUGGACGUCCAGGAGCAGAGGCUGUGGGAACUGCAGAGGGAGCUGCAGGAGAAGCAGCAGGAGCUGCGGAGAGGACACAACCGCCUCCAGCAGCUCAGCACCGAGCUCCAGAACACGACGAGGAACACUCAAGAGCUACAGGGUCAGCUACAUGAGGUGAGAGCGCAUCUAGUCCAGGCGGAGGCCGAGAACGAAGCUCUGUUGAGAUAUAAACAUCUGCGUACGUCCGAGGUGGAGAAGCUCAGUGCUGAGCUGUGCUCCAUACAGAGAGGAAGUGAAGAGGAAGAGCAGGAGACUCGUAGGAAGUUCAGGGAGCUUCAGGCAGAGCUCUCAGCCACUCGGGCUCGGCUAAGCGACUACCAGGACGGAACACAGGAGGCCCAGAAGAGGGCAGAUGAACAGAUCCAGCAGCUGCAGGAGGAGGUGUCCAGACUGAAGCUGCAGCACCGAUGCGUCAAUCAGCAACUGCAGGAGCGCAGCGUGGAGCUGCAGAGUCUCCAGAAGGCCCACACCGAGCUGCAGGUCAAAGACAAAGAGUGCCAGAGAGAGCUGAGCCGAAUCCGAGCGGCGCUCCACAACGCCACCCUGAGGGCAGAAGAGCAGCGUCUGAAAGAGGUCCAGAUUGAUGAGCUCCAGCGAGAGGUUGACAGGACGCUGGCCCUGCUGGAGAAAGACAGAGAGGACGGCAGUCAGGCGGAGGAGGAGUUGGAGAAGCUGAGGGGCGAACAGCUGCGACUCAAGGACAAGCUUGACGAGCGCGACGACAGCAUAGCUGCUCUGAGCCUGGAGGCGGAGUCUCUGAGACAGAAAGUACGUACCCGUGACCAGGAAGCAGCCGACCUUCGCCAGCAGCUCAUCACCUCCCAGGAUGCACUGCAGUGGGUGACUGGUGACCUCAAGAGCUGCCAGAGAGAGCUCAGAGAACGGGAGCAGAGAGCGCUGGAGCUCAGGGCUGAACUGAAGCAGCUCCAGCAGCAGUGCACCACCUGCUACUCACAGCUGGUGGAGGAAGAAGCGUUGGUGUCCAGCUUGAGGACUGAACUACAGCAGGCUGAAGGACAGAAGGACAGACUGGUGUCUCAGUUGCAGGAGCAGCAACUUGAGCUCCAUCUGCUCACAGAGAAACAUCACACAGCUCAGCAGGAGGUGGCCUGUAGAGACGACGCCAUGCUGAAAUUAACGCUGAGCGCCGCUCAGGAACAUCUGGUCUCCACCCAUAAUGAGCUCACAGACCAGGUUGAGGAGGUGAAAGCUAAAUCUGAGGAGGUCAUGACCUUGGAGGAAGAAGUGAGAAGAUUACAGAAGCUCCUGAACCAGAGGGAGGAGAUGCUCGAGGAGGAGAAACGCAAAUGUGUUCAGCUUCAGUUAGAGAACGAUAAUCUCCAUACUCAGUGCGAGAGCCAGCAGGAGGCGCUGUGUGAACUCGGUGCUGAGGUACAGCAGUGGCAGCAGGAGGCUCAGGGUCAAAGGGAGAGCCAGGAGAAGGAGAUGCAGGGGUUGAGGAGUGAGCUGCGGGAGGAGCAGAAUCACCUCCGUCAGCACAGAAGCAGUCUGGAGCAGCUGCGCAGAGAGCUGGAGUCGACGCAGAGAGACGCAGAAGACAAGGUCUCCCGUAAGGAAGCAGCUCUACGCUCUCAGGACUCAGAGCUGACUCGGCUGAAGGCUGAUCUACUCGAGGCUCGGAGAUCAGCGUCGGACGCAGAGGCCCGGCUGCAGUCGCUCGGCGAAUCCGUGCAGCUUUACAAGCAGAAAUACCAGAGCUGUGUGAGUAAGAUCGCCGAGCUGGAGAGCAUGCUGCAGAGCCACGAGGAGGACCGGAGGCAGAGCAGAGCUCAGGCGAUAAAGCGGGAGGACCAGGUGGUGCGUCUGCAGGCGGAGAUCGUGGCUCUACGGGGCGAUGUGGAGGCGCGCUGUGCUCAGUUGGAGAGCGGAGACGAGGCCCUGACCGCUCUGAGCCGGCGGCUGAGAGACACUCAAAGGGAGCUGGAGCUAAGCCACGCCCAUGCUCAGGAGUGUGAGCUGGUCAUUGACGCACUCCGAGACAGCGUGGCCACCCUGCGCAGUCAGGUGGAAGAGAAGGAGGAGGCAGCGCUGAAGCUCCAGUCUGAUUUCUCUCUCUACAGAGCGACUCACAUGCACUCCGAGUCAGACUACGAAUCCCAAAAUUGUCGCAUCCGCGAACUGGAACAGGCGCUGUCCCAGGCCCUGGAGCACUCUGGAACCUGUCACUCCGAGCUGGAGAAGCUCAAAGAGGAAUCUCAGGUGCAGAGGCAGCUCAGAGAUGGCAGCCUGGCGGAGGUGCGAAGGCUGCAGGAGUUGAUGAGGAAGCUCCAGGCUGAUGCUGUGUGUGAGGCUCAGAGCAGACAGGCUGACGUGGACGCUGUGGAGCUCAGAGUCACCGAACUGGAGGAACAACUAGAGGCAGCUCGUAGGCAGUGUGUACAGAAAGAUCAGGCCGUGCAGAAAAGAGACGAGCUCCUGAGGCAGUCAGAGGCCGACCUGAUCCAGGCGCGGGAUAAGAUCCGAGGCAAGGCAGCGGAGGCAGAGAAGCAAACCGCCACCAUUCAGUCACUACAGGCAGAUCUCCGACAGGCCAAGAAGGAGAAGAGGGAGCGGGAGAACGAGUGCGGCAAGCUCCGCACGCAGCUGCUGCAGAGCCGUGACGAGCUGAAGGAGGCCCGGAGCUGCUGCCGAGACAGCGCACAGGAACUGGCUCGUCAUGAGGAGAAGGUGCUGCUGCUGGAGGGCGGGCAUCAGCGAGUGCAGGAGCAGCUGGCAGAGCGAGUAGCUGAGGUGGUUCGGGCUGAGCAGACCCAGAGGAGACUUCACGCUGAGCUCAGGAGCGUCCAACAGAGACUGGAAUCCAACGAGCAGGAGCUCCAGGACUGCAGGACUCAGCUGGAGCAGGUGAAGCUGGCGGCCGACAGCAGCAGACAAGCUCAGCUCAGCGCCCAGCAGCAGGCUGUACAGCUGCAGCAGGAGAACCAGGAGCUCCAGGAGGAGCUGCGGAGCACCAAAGAGACCUUUACACACACGAAGGAGCAGUUGAAGGAACACUCUGUGAUUGCUCAGGCUCUGCGUGUGGAGCUGGCACAGGAACAGGCCCGACAGAAGGAACAGCUGGACUGGGUACAGAGGACACGUCAGAGAGAGGACAGCCUGGAGACUGAGAGAGAUCGGCUCAAAACUGACCUGGAAACACUGCAGGAGCGGGUGUGCGAGCUGCACAGCGCCACCAUCAGGCUGCAGGAGGAAGAGGCAGACAAGCAGACGCAGCUGCAGGAGAGAGACGCUCGCAUCGAGACUUUCAGCCAAAAGCUGGCUGAGCGUGGUCAGGAAAUGACACGUUUGCAGCAGCAGCUGAUCCAGCAGGAAGAGAGAAACACAGAGCUGCGCAGUCAGAGCCGACUCUCUCAGGACGAGAUUCGGGCAUUUGAGGGGCGUCUGGUGGAGUUAAAUGGGCAGCUGGCACGCGCUCAGCUCUGGGGUCAACAGCAGAUCGUCACCCUGCAGUCCAGAGAGGAGGAACUGGUGCUCCUGAAGGUGGAGGUGGCCUCCCUCAGAGAGAACUCCCGCUCCAAAGUAGCACAGUUGGAAACCUUACACACUGAGCUGGAUUCUGUAGAACAGAAGUACAGGGCCGCUGUGAGCGAGGUGGACGUGUUGAGGCAGGCGUUGGGCGACGCCCGCACUGACAGUUCCCGUCUGCACCGAGAGAGCGAGCUGGUGGUCAGCAAUGUCAACCAGUGGGUCAAAGAGCAAAAGCAGGCCAACGAGAAGCUCGGCCUCAAAAUCCGAGACCAGAGCAAGAAGAUCAUUCACCUCACAGCUGAAAAAGAUCAUCUGCAGGAGAACGUGGAGAAGAUGCAGGCGGAGAUUCGGAGGCUGAGGGCGGAGCUUGAUGAGAAAAGAAUGGAGGCAGAGAGAUGCAAGGCAUUUCAGACCCAGAGCGCGAGUGAGCAGCUGCACAGCCGUCAGCCUGCUGCACUAUCAGGAAUCUUCAGCCAUCAGCGGGAGAACCCGAGUAGAAAGAAGCCUCUGGCAGUACAGCUGGAGCGGAGCUGAGCUGAGGGGGGGGGGGGGUGCAGAGCCACGCCCGGCUCGAGUUUCGCUGCUGAAGUGGCACGGCGAGUCGCUGGAAGGGCACUGGAGAGAAGGACCCGAUGUGUCGGGCACAUCAGCGGGAGUUUACACCACAGCACUCGCUGAAUGUAAAACACCUCAGGGAUUCUCUGUGACACUGAGACUCUUUUUAAAAAGUAAUACAGGAUUGAUGGAGAAAACAUCUGAACAGAACUGAUGGAGAAUUGGGUUUGUUUAUACCGCUGUUUAUUUUAUAAACCUGUUAAACUUGAAUAAUAUCAUGACACUGUGAUGGAUGCUAUAUGAUCUAAGAUGAUGCCGUUUUUCUUUAGCAGUGAAAACGAGUGCAGUUUUCAUUUUUCAGAACGACAGGCGCCGUGUGUCAGUGUGUGUUAAUCAUCUUGAAACUUGU